AGCAUUAACGAGCACAGGCUAACUCGUUAGCUGAUAAUUAGUGGCUACAUUUAGUUAGACCACAGACAUAAAUAAAUACUUUAGGGAGUGUCAUUUCCAUCUUUAUUGUCUGUGCAGGUUCUUAGUCAUCCGGGUCAUGGCAGUCUUUAAGAACUUGUAAAAAGAAAGCAGCUGGACUUCUUUAAGUUUGAUGAUGUUUCAUCUUUCACCCAAGAGGUUUCUUAAGUUCUAAAAACACAGGUGGAGGGUGCAAGGUAUUUAGCCAAUAGUGGGAAUUUUCACAAGCUUAAAGAAGUACAGUUGCCUUCUUUUUUUCAAGCUCUUGAGACUUCCAUCUUUACUGAAAUUAGGCAUACAGUUCAAGCCCGUGGGUAGCACAGUGGUAAAGAGUUUUGCCUUCCAAAGAGGUCUAUCCACAGGCCAGCUGGAGUGUCUCUGUGUGGAGUUUGGAUGUUCUCCUCGUGUCUGUGAUGAGCAGAGGACCGAGAUGAGGAAGAAAAGUCUCCUCAUCCUCAUCUAUCACCACCUGCUGGGGCAAGGCUAUGUAGCUGCAGCAGUGGCCUUGGACCAAGAGACAAAUGGAGGUGUGAGGAGGUUCGAGGUUAGCGAUAACAUCGAUCUGGAGAUGGUGUUGAUGGAGUAUGAGAGCUACCACUACGUCAAAUUCCAGAAGUAUCCCAAACUUAUCAGAAGAAUAGCAGAAGCAGGUGAAAGAAAAUAUCCAACACGUAGUGCAACUAAGAGGAGUCCCUGUUCAGCUGUGAAACCCCUCCCAGAAAUCAACCCAUCCCGGAACACAAACACAGGAACUGGAGCAAAGAAGCCAGCCACUAGUGAGAAUGGCACCUAUCUUGCUCCACAGUCAUCGGACUUUGGUCUCAGCGUAUCCUCCAUCAAAAAUAGACCAGCUGGAGAGUGUGCCACAAACAGGAAGAUAACUGAUGCCAAAGGUGUAAUCCAGGAUGCUGUCAGAGGAGCUGGGAUUGAUUCAGACCAUAUGGAACGCCUACUGAAGCCCCUGAGUGGCUUUUCUGGAAUGAGUGGAGAGAUGAGGGAACUAGCUACGAUCGUCAGCAGGGACAUCUAUUUGCACUGCCCCAAUGUGCGAUGGGAGGACAUCAUCGGUCUGGAGGAUGCCAAGCGAUUAGUCAAAGAGGCCGUCGUUUAUCCCAUUAAGUAUCCCCAACUCUUUACAGGCAUCCUGUCUCCAUGGAAGGGUUUACUGCUCUAUGGUCCCCCGGGUACAGGUAAGACAUUGCUGGCCAAGGCCGUAGCUACAGAGUGUAAGACAACCUUCUUCAACAUCUCAGCUUCCAGCAUUGUCAGCAAGUGGAGGGGAGACUCUGAGAAACUGGUCAGGGUUCUAUUUGAGCUGGCCAGGUACCAUGCUCCAUCCACCAUCUUCCUGGAUGAGCUUGAGUCAGUGAUGGGCCAGAGAGGAAGCAGCAUGGGGGGCGAGCAUGAGGGGAGUCGCAGGAUGAAGACCGAGUUACUGGUUCAGAUGGAUGGACUAGCCAGAUCAGAUGACCUGGUUUUUGUACUUGCUGCCUCCAACCUACCUUGGGAACUGGACCACGCAAUGCUGAGGAGGUUAGAGAAGCGGAUUCUAGUGAGUCUUCCCUCUUCACCAGCUCGCCAAGCCAUGAUUUCUCAUUGGCUGCCUCCUCUCAGCUGCACAGGAGGGGUGGAGCUACACACUGUGCUAGACUAUGAAGCACUGGCAAAAGAGAUGGAGGGCUACUCCGGCUCAGAUAUAAGAUUGGCAUGUAAGGAAGCUGCCAUGAGACCAGUUCGAAAGAUCUUUGAUGCUCUGGAGUCACAUCAGGAUGAUGACACAGACAUGCCUGCCAUCCAACUGGAAACUGUAACAACAGCUGAUUUCCUGAAUGUGAUUGAACACACCAAACCCUCAGCACGAAACCUGAUGGACAGAUACACAGCCUGGGAGAGAGAGUACCAAUCUGUCUGACACUAGUACACAUAACAUGAAUGUAAAUACCAUCAUACUAACGCCACUAAAUGUGAUGAUAAAUUGUUUUUACUGUUACAAAUUUACAUCCUGCAUUAUACUAAUAAUUUAUACUAAUGACUAUAUAUUAGUCUAAAAUGUUUCCUAUACUUUGGAUAUUUGUGACAAGCUACUGCAGGUUGGAACAGUGUACAUUUUAAUAACUGUGGAGCUUUGAAAAACUGUUUUUGACAUGCAGAAAAGAUUUGUUCAUUGAUCAUUUGUUUUCUUUUUUAUUAUUUGAAAACAAAAAGUAUACAACCUAAUACAAUAAAACUUUGGUGACUGGUACUUUGAGUCAAACUACUAUAGCAUGACUGUUUUCGAUUUAUCAGGAUGUUCUGAGGAAAAUAAUUUCAAAUCUUAAGUCUCUCCACUGUUGAAACACUAGCAGUGUUUACUUGUGCAAAUGAAACUGGAAGUUUAUUUUUACUUGACGCUCAAAGCAGAUUCUGCAGGAUGUGUUCAACAGCAUCUGGGAAACUGUCACAUGUCAGGUGGGGAGCUGGGCUUAUUUUA